CUUCCCCUGAGACUGAGGAGAUACAGACAUCAGCAGUUCAUCAACCUGCUGCCACAUUGAUACAUCCAUAUAGUUCAAGUUCAACCCUCCCUGCUGAGGGAAAAGAUGAGUGGCUCCUCAUGGAAGCAGGGCAGGCAAGAGAGAGCCAAGGAGUGGAUAUGAGGAAGGAGGAGGCCGGUAGAAGAAGAAGAAGAGGCUCCUGGGGGAAGAGGAAGCAUGCCGAGACAGUGGAGGCCAUGGCAUACAGAAUAGCGGGGUUGGGAAAACCUCUGAUGGGGUGGAAAAAACGAGGAAGAGCCGAGCAGGAGAGCAACGCUCUCAUGGAUGUACUGAAGGAGCUCCAUGAUGAAAAACAGCGACUGAUGGAUGAAGGGAAGACAAAAGAUGAGGAGGAAGAUGAUGAUGACGAUGAUGACGAUGACGAUGACGAUGAUGACGAUGACGAUGACGAUGACGAUGAUGACGACGAUGAUGACGAGGAGGAAGAGGAGGAAGAGGAAGAAGAGGAAGAGGAAGAAGAGGAGGAAGAGGAGGAAGAAGAAGAGGAGGAAGAAGAGGAGGUGGAAGAGCCAACAGAAGCUCCGGGCAAUCAAACUGAAACAGUCGCCAGCUUCACAGAGUCUUCUCUCAGAGAAUGUCACACUGCAAACAGAGAAAUCAGCUGCAGGAACCUCGGCAUGACUCACCUGCCUGUCAUGCACAACCCAGAGGCCACGAAGCUGGAUGUCGCAGAGAACAACAUCAGAGUCAUUGCUCCAGAAGCUUUCUCUGGCCUGUCUGGCCUGGACUCAUUGGACCUGAGCAGAAACCAGCUAAAUGAUGAUUCCUUCAGCCAAAACCCCCUAUCUAGCUUGAUCCAUCUAAAGAAGCUGAACCUGAAUGAUAACCAGCUCACCAGGGUCCCUGCUCUACCCUCAUCUCUGGAGGAGCUCAAGAUGAACAAAAACAAGCUCACAACACUGACCCCUCUCUGUUUCCAAGGAUUAAUAAAUCUCAUGAAUCUGGAGCUUGAGGGGAACUUUCUACAUGAGGACAGUGUGUCACCAAAAGCCUUUAGACCAUUACAGCGUCUCCUGGAUCUCCAACUGGACAACAACCGCUUCCGGUCCAUCCCUCUGGGCCUUCCUUCAUCACUUCAGGAGCUGGAGAUGAAUGAAAAUCUGAUUCAGGAAGUGACAUCAGAGGCAUUAAAAGGCUGCAUCCAUUUAAGAGCACUGGACCUCAGUCACAACCUGCUGCAUGAAGGAAACAUUGAUACCCAGGCAUGGGCCCGCCUCAGGUCCCUAGAAGCCUUGGACAUGUCUUACAACCAGUUCAGCUCUGUCCCAAUGAAUCUGCCUCGCCCUCUCCGUAAACUGGACCUCCAGCACAACAACAUCACUCACAUCCCUGCCUUCGCCUUCAGGCACCUGAAGCCUGGCCUGCUGUCACUUUGUCUUUCCCACAAUGACUUGAGCGAUGACGGGGUGGAAAGAGUUGCUUUUGUUGGGACUUACCGGUCACUAAGUGAGCUCCUACUGGACAACAACCAUUUGAGGGAGGUUCCUCGUAGCGUACGCCAGUUUAAGAACUUGCAGGCACUGAGGCUGGACAACAACCAGAUAAGGUUUGUGAGGCAGUGGGGGGUGUGCCAUCCUCUUAACUCUGGCUCCACUCUGGCUUCGGUCCACUUAGAAAACAAUUUGCUGGAGGUGGAGAGGAUUCCCCCCAAAGCUUUCUCCUGUCUCGUCGAUGCUAAAGGACUCAUACUGUUCCCGCAACAGCAGCACUCAUAAGACUAGUAAACCACAUUGUGGGACAGGCCUACAUAAACAGAGACCCACAGUGUACACAUGUGCAUUAUCAUGACAUACAGCCACUCAUCUCUGUCAGAGGCUUUUCAGUAUCAUGUAGUUUGUGCAGUAAGUCAGUGAUAUGGAUUUAUCAUC